CAUCUUCUCUCUCUAUUUCUAUCUAUCUAUCCAUCUUUCUUUCUUUUUCUUUUUCCUGUUUCUCUCUCACUCUUUUCUCUCACAACUCAUAAUCAAAAGAAAAGCAGAUCCAAGGUGGUGGUUAAGCUGUCACUCUAUCAAUCAAUCAAUCCCACCGAGGAGAUAGCAAUCAUCAAUCAAUUUUAAAAGAGAAAGGAAAGGGGGAAUCAAAGAAGAUGUCAUCCUCUUCUACCUUGUCUUUGGACCACCUCCCUCCCUCCGAGCAGCUCUGUUACGUUCAUUGCAACAUCUGCGACACUGUCCUUGCGGUUAGUGUUCCUUGCACAAGUUUAUUCAAGACUGUGACGGUUCGAUGUGGCCACUGCACCAAUCUUUUGCCAGUGAACAUGCGUGGGUUGCUUAUGCCCUCUGCUAAUCAGUUUCAUUUGCCUCACAAUUUUUUCACUCCUUCCCAUAAUCUUCUGGAAGAGAUCUCAAAUCCUUCUCCCAACAUUUUGCUGAAUCAAGGCAACACCAGUGACAUCACCUUACCCACUCGUGGAGUAGCUGAUGAGCUUCCAAGGCCUCCUGUUAUCAACAGACCUCCGGAGAAACGACAGAGAGUCCCCUCAGCGUACAACCGAUUCAUCAAGGACGAGAUCCAACGCAUCAAGGCAGGAAACCCUGAUAUAACUCACAGAGAAGCCUUCAGUGCAGCUGCAAAGAAUUGGGCUCACUUCCCACAUAUUCACUUCGGCCUAAUGCCUGAUCAGCCUGCCAAGAGGACUAACGUGCGCCAGCAAGAAGGCGAGGACGUUCUCAUGAAAGAUGGGUUUUUUGCUUCAGCUAACGUCGGCGUCACUCCUUACUAAUCAUGCAGCAAUUAGGCAAAGCUUGUGAUUAGCAGUUGAUGGAGAGCUAAGAACUGAGAAAAACUCGCUGCUCAAGUUUGGCUACUCUGUUGUUGUUGUUAUUAAUUAUUAUAACCCAAUGGCUACUGCUGAACCGGUUUUUAUAUUUUCAUGGUUGGAUAUCAAGCUAGUAAUAUUUAAGAAUGCAUGUAAUUUUAGUCUUAGAUAAUAUCCCUGUGUCUACCUUCUCCUUGGACUUGAAAAACUAAAACUUGCUCCUUUAAUCAACUACUAUUAGUUUAAGCUCUA